UCUUGUUCUUGAGUGUUCUUAGUGUUGUAAACACGUUUAGGGAAGCUUGUUUCCCUUGGUUGUACGAAGGAAAGGGAUUGGAGAAGGUCAAUCAACUACACGACCACCUCUUUUUGAUGGAACCAAUUAUACAUAUUGGAAAGAACGAAUGAGAAUCUAUAUUCGUUCCUCGAACUUCCAAUUAUGGUUGGUUAUCAAAAACGGGGAAGAGGUGUCGAUGAAGAAAAUGGGAGACAAGUUGAUCCCCAAGACCGAAGACGAGUUUGAUGCCGAGGACAUCAAAAAGGUCGAGAAUUAUGCAAAGGCAAUAAACAUGCUUUAUUGUGCCGUAAAUCCUGAUGACUACCGCAAGAUCUCCCGCUGCUCAACCGCCAAGGAGAUGUGGGAUAAACUUGAGGUGACGUACGAAGGAACGGACCAAGUUCGGGAAGCGAAAAUUGACUUCCUAACGCAGGAGUAUGAGAUGUUCAGGAUGAAACCAGGCGAGAAGAUCGACGACAUGUUCAAUCGCUUCUCGAAGAUCACCAAUGAUCUUCACGCCCUAAAGAAGACGUAUGCCAACAAGGACCUCGUGAGGAAAAUCCUGCGGAGCCUCACCCCCGAAUGGAGAUCAAAGGCCGACGCCAUCUAUGAAUCCAUUGGAGUCUCCAACGUAACCAUCGACGGAUUAAGAG